AUGAACAAUCCCUCGCACCCCCAAUCGUCGACAACGGCGGGCCGCCGCCGGAUCAUGACUCAGGCUGAUCGCAUCAAUCUUCUCGCCUUCUGUCUGGUUGACAUCCACAUCAGCACGAACAAAUCCAUCGACAUGACGGCGUUGAAAGAGUUCUUCCCGGAGCGCUACAUCCAGGAUCUCUAUCGAGUCAUCUUCGAUACCUGCCAGCAUCUGGGCCCCCAAGCACCCGCUUCUCCACUCGCCCCGGCCAGUUUUGGUUUUCCCGAGUCGUGGUACCAGAGUCCUCGCGCUGCCGGACGCGAUCCUCGGGAGUGUUUGCGGGAUAUCCUCAAAGGUCCUGUAGUUAAAGAUCUUCGUCCACGCUCUGGUUUGCCCUAUGUCACCCUCGAAAGCUUUUCGCAGAUUCUUCGCGACAAGAAGCCGGCAGACCAACGCGGAUCUGGACUUGGACAAGCUGGUCCAGUCACUCAACAUGCGUCUGUACUCAGACAGCCUGAUACAGCUGGCCCAGUCUCUCAACCUGCGUCUAUACCCAGACAGCCUGAUGCAGCUGGUCCAGUUUCUCAACCUGCGUCUGUACCCGGACAGCCUGAUACAGCUAGUCAGAAAGGACCUGAAAAGAAGUUGGGGUAUCUAGAUGCCCACUUCGAAGAACUCGACAGACAAUUCAGGGCAUACGGAUACCCUGGAUCUGCCCAUGGACAAGUUAGUUCAGCUGCUCGUCCUGGGUCUGUUUUUCAACAGCCUCAUCAGGGCGCUCAAUGUGAACCUACAUUUGGAUCUUCUCACGUAGGCGCUCAACAUGGCCUCGCCAAUGGUUACCAACCGAUCGAUCAGGCCUCCCAGGUUACCAAACCCUUCCAUGAAACUGUCACUUGA